CCCUGAGUCACUGUUCCUCGCCCACAUCCAAGAUGGCGCUGGCCAGCCUGCUGGAGCCGCAAGAGCCCGUGAACCGGGCCGGGUACUUUGGGUUGGGCGCCGGCUGCGAAUUCCGGUCGCCCGCGCUCGGGGCUUUCGGUGGAGGAGAGAAGGGGACGGAGAGCGCGGGGUUGCCCUUGUCCCUGGCCGCCCCUUGCCCCAGCACCGCCGCGGUGGAUGCCAAGAUCGAGCUCCUGCAUGGGACCACCACUUUGGCCUUCAAGUUCCAGCAUGGCGUGAUUGUGGCGGUGGACUCACGGGCCACGGCGGGAGUCUACAUCGCAUCCCAGACCGUUAAGAAGGUCAUCGAGAUCAACCCUUACCUCCUGGGCACCAUGGCUGGUGGGGCAGCGGAUUGCAGCUUCUGGGAGCGGCUGCUGGCACGGCAGUGCCGCAUCUACGAACUCCGCAACAAGGAGCGCAUCUCGGUGGCCGCUGCCUCCAAGCUGCUGGCCAACAUGGUGUAUCAGUACAAGGGCAUGGGGCUUUCCAUGGGCACCAUGAUUUGUGGCUGGGACAAGCGAGGGCCAGGCCUGUACUACGUGGACAGCGAAGGGAACCGGAUCUCGGGCACGGUUUUCUCAGUGGGGUCUGGUUCCGUCUACGCCUACGGGGUGAUGGACCGGGGCUACUCUCCUGAUCUCUCAGUCGAGGAAGCCUACGAUCUGGCCCGUCGUGCCAUUUACCAGGCUACGUACCGUGACGCCUACUCGGGGGGUACCGUCAACCUCUACCACGUCCGCCAGGAUGGCUGGAUCCGUGUUUCCAGCGAUGACGUGGCCAAACUGCACGAAUCCUUCAGCGGCACUGCCACGGGGACAGUGGCUUAAGCUAGAGGACCGCGGGGGAGGGGCUCAGAGCUUGGCAUUGUUGGCAGCAGAGAAGUUGCAUAUGUUAUAGAACAGGAGGGAGCGUGGUUUAUCCAUUAGGCAAAAUGGGGUGGGGGAAGAAUCGGGCCCGCUGAUCGGUGGGAGGGGACAGCAACAGGGCCUCCAGUUUGGCCAUCGCGGGCUUACGUUUGUCUCAUGCUUGUGGCCGGUGUUCCCUGUAGCAAAACAUUUUGCUCGUUCUGAAUUAAACUUUUACUGUC